UUGAUAAAGCAUCAACUUUAAAUUGGUCAAAAUCUCCAUUGGAAGAUACACAGUUAUAUUCGCAAGAUGGUAUUGUGGAUGGACAUAAUGGAACUCUAGUCGAUAGCAGACCAAAAUUAUAUAUGUUAGAAAAUAUGCCUCAACUCAAAUUGACAAAUAAUUAUAGCUAUAAAAUGAGAGUACUAUACUCUCUAAAAAACUAUUUUUGCAUGACAAAAGUUGUUGAUGAACAUAUCGUAAGGUCUAUGGAAAAUAAAAUGACUGAAUAUUAUAGACAGCCUGAAUUUCAAAAUCGUAAUUACAAACCACAAAAAAAUGAACUUUGUGCAACUAAAUAUGAAGAUGGUAGGUGGUAUAGAGGAAUUUGUAGAUCUGUUGAAGAAAAUGUGAACGGAGAAGAGACCUAUGUAAUUAAUUUACUUGAUUGGGGAGAAUCAGUUAUUGCGAAAGCUUGUGAAUUACGUAGAUUGGAGAUGUGUUUUAUGAAAAAUCCACCUUUGGCAGUCAAAUGUACCAUAUUAG